AUCAGUCAAUAUGGCCCCUACAUCUUUCUAUCUCCAGACUCUUCCUCUGCUGUCGGGUUUGGUCUUUGCAGCAGAUUUCCCUGGCCUUCCCAAGGACUUGACCACUCCUGUGCAACAACGCAUCGCCUUCAAGGGUCCUAACGGUUGUGUAAACUAUGGCAAGUCAGCCAACAGCUUGACUUCUCAAGCCUGUUCCACUCAGUCUUUGACUUAUGGUACCUCUCGUACUUGGGCCAACUCGGUCACACUCUCUGGACUUGAUGCCGCUACCACAUACUACUACAAGAUCAACUCGACCAACUCGACUGUCAAUCAGUUCAAGACUGCCCGUACUCCCGGAGACAAGACUAGCUUCAACUUGGAUGUUGUUGUUGAUGUAAGUGCAAUGACCAAGAAUAUAAUUAUUGAGUUUUGUGCUGAUAUAGUUCAACAAUCANNGCUUGGUGUCUACGGUGCAGAUGGCUACACCACAUCUCGCAAACGUGACAUCCCUUACAUCGAGCCUGCAUUGAACCACACCACUAUUGCUGCACUCGCUCGCACGAUUGAAAACUACGAGUUUGUGCUUCACCCGGGUGACUUUGUAUGCCACCAGUGUUCUCUCUCAUUUUCAUUCAAUGCUGAUCUCGAAUACAGNGCAUACGCAGACGACUGGUACCUCACUCCCAAGAACGUGCUGGACGGCAAAAAUGCCUACGCCGCCAUUCUCGAAAACUUCUUUGAUCAGCUGGCUCCCAUCGCAGGCAGAAAGCCCUACAUGGCAUCACCCGGAAACCACGAAGCCGCUUGCACGGAGAUUCCCUAUACCACUGGUUUGUGCCCUGAAGGUCAAAAGAACUUCACCGACUUCAUGACUAGAUUCAAGGGACUUAUGCCUACUGCCUUCCCCUCUUCGUCUAAGAACGCCACUGCUCAGGCAUCAGCAAAGAAGGCCCAAGCACUUGCCAACCCACCUUUCUGGUACUCGUUCGAGUACGGAAUGGCUCAUAUCGUGAUGAUUGACACCGAGACCGACUUUCCCUCCGCACCUGAUGGCAAGGACGGCAGUGCUGGUUUAGGUGCUGGUCCCUUUGGCCAAACCCCUACCCAACAACUCCAAUUUUUGGAUGCUGAUUUGGCUUCUGUCGACCGUACUGUCACUCCAUGGGUCAUUGUAGCUGGCCACCGUCCCUGGUACAGCACCGGCGCCUCCAAAAACAUCUGCGGUCCUUGCCAAGCAGCCUUUGAACCACUGUUCUACAAGUACGGUGUCGACUUGGGAAUCUUCGGCCACGUCCACAAUUCUCAACGUUUCAACCCCGUCUACAACAAUGUUGCAGAUACUGCCGGUCUCAAGAAUCCCAAGGCUCCUGCAUAUAUUGUUGCAGGAGGAGCUGGCAACAUUGAAGGCUUGAGUGCCGUCGGUGCCAAUUACUCGACCAAUGUGUUUGCGUACGGCGAUGAGUUUAGUUAUGCGACGCUGAAUUUCCAGGAUGCGAACAACCUGCAGAUCAACUUCUUGAGGAGUGAUACUGGCGAGUUGUUGGAUUCGAGUGUGUUGUACAAGGAACACAAUGUUGCUUUUGUCAGAAAC